AUGCAGCCUUUUAUAAAUAAAUAAAUAAAAAAAAAGUUAUUACAAAAACACGAAAAGUCCUUCAAAAUUAAAUAUAAAUAAUAAAAUCAUGGUGAAGAAGGCAAGGACGUGACUAUACAAACUCCUUUUAGGUUCCAAACAUCAUAACUAACUCGCUCCAAUUUUCUCUUUUCUCUCUCUCUCUCUCUAAAAAUUUUCCAUCGUUUUCUCGCGAACCAAACACUACUUAUCUCUCUACUACUUCUUUAAUUUCCUGUUAUACUAUGGAGAAAUCAAAGCAAAAUUAUCAGACUAAGGUCGCGGCGAAGAGUAAUAAUAAUCAGGUUUGGGAUUGCGGGAGCUCACUUUACGAUUCAUUCGAGCUCAAUUCCUUCAAACGCCAGCUCGAUUCCGCCAUUAUUAACUCUUCCAGAAGCUUCUCGAUGCCUCACUUAUCAGAUCGACGAGGUCUUCCUCGUCCUCACCCGGUGAAUCCACCGUUACAGGCGGUACCUGAACCUACACCGUCGGCGGCGGCGGCGAAGAAAUCGUCGAAGAUCUCUCGUUCUUUGAACAAAUUUCUCCGAUCGGUUUUUAGACCGAAACUACUGAACUCGAGUUCGAUCUUCCGAGUUAACACGGAGCAAUCGAAAGAUGGAUUCCUCGUUGUUUACGACAAAUCAAGUACUCUUACGACGAUUCCUGAAGUUCCUGAGAUUGAUUUCGGAGGUGGAUUUUCGCCGGAGAUUGGAUCGUUAGUGAGGAGAACUGGUUCGGAGCGGUUCGCGCCUGCAACUUCAAUCGGUAUUUCAUGUGCUUAGAUUGAUUGAUUGAUCCAACGGCUGUAGUUUAAUUAGCUCUUAUACUAUAGUUAACUCUGAUCAUAUAUAGCUUAUAAGAUCAUGCAUAAUCAUAAUCAUGAUAAUCCAACGGCUGUAGUUAAAUUUCUUUUUUCUUUUUCUUAUAUUAAUCAUAAUCAUAUAUAUAUAGAGAGAGAUUAUUAAUAAAAAUACAAAUGUAUAAUUCAUAUUAUAAGUUCCGUACAUGUAUAGAUAAUGUGUAAUGACUUUUUUCUUUGUUAAUAUUUUAAUAUUUUGGAAUAUAUUUUUGGCUAUAUAAUAA